AUGUUAUUGAAAUCAUUACUUCCAUCCAUCUUGGCUGCUACUUCACUCGUUUCUUCCGUGAAAGCCGACGACUUGCCUGCCAUUGAAAUUGUGGGUAACAAGUUCUUUUUCUCAAACAACGGUUCCCAAUUCUACAUCAGAGGUAUUGCUUACCAACAAAACAAUGCUGGUUCUAACGAUUCCUUUGUUGAUCCUUUGGCCGAUGCGGAUGCUUGUAAAAGAGAUAUUCCAUACAUGGAAGCUGUUGACACCAACGUUAUCAGAGUAUAUGCUUUAGAUGUCACUGCUGACCACACUGAAUGUAUGCAAUUAUUACAAGACGCUGGUAUUUACGUCAUUGCUGAUUUGUCUCAACCAGAUGAAUCUAUCAACAGAAACGACCCACAAUGGAAUUUGGAUCUUUUCGAAAGAUACACCUCUGUUGUUGACAAGUUCCACAACUACACCAACAUCUUGGGUUUCUUUGCUGGUAACGAAGUCACCAACAAGGUUUCAAACACUGAUGCCUCUGCUUUCGUCAAGGCUGCUAUCAGAGACACUAAAGCUUAUAUUAAAGCAAAAGGUUACAGAACUAUUCCAGUCGGUUAUUCUGCCAAUGAUGAUUCUGAUAUCAGAGUCUCUUUAGCCGAAUAUUUUGCUUGUGGUGAUGAAGACGAAGCUGCUGACUUCUUUGGUAUGAACAUGUAUGAAUGGUGUGGUUCUUCUUCCUACAAAGCUUCUGGUUAUCAAUCUGCUACUGAAGAUUACAAAAACUUGGGUAUCCCAAUCUUCUUCUCUGAAUAUGGUUGUAAUGAAGUCAGUCCAAGAAAGUUCCAAGAAGUUGGUACUCUUUUCGGUGAUCAAAUGACUGAAGUUUGGUCUGGUGGUAUUGUUUACAUGUACUUCCAAGAAGAAAAUGAUUAUGGUUUGGUUUCUAUUAAAGGUGACACUGUUUCUACUUUACAAGACUACAACUACUAUAAAUCUGAAAUCUUGGACAUCAGCCCAAGUUCUGCUCAAGCCUCCGAAGAAUCUGCUAGUACUAUUUCAAGAACUACCUGUCCAACUCACACCGACAACUGGGAAGCUUCUACUGAAUUGCCACCAACUCCAGAUAAGGAUGUUUGUGACUGUAUGGGUGCUGCUUUGGAAUGUGUUGUCAAGGACGAUGUUGAUUCAGAUGAUUAUAGUGAUUUGUUUGGUAUCGUUUGUGACCAUGUCGACUGUGGUGGUAUUAGUGCCAACGGUACUACUGGUAAUUACGGUGCUUACUCCCCAUGUGGUGCUAAAAACAAAUUGAGUUUUGUUCUUAACUUGUACUAUUUGGCAAACGACAAGGACGAAUCUGCUUGUGAUUUCGAUGGUUCCGCAACUUUGCAAGAUGCUUCUACUGCUUCUAGUUGUUCUGCUUACUUGUCCUCAGCUGGUUCUUCUGGUUUAGGUACCGUUGAAGGUACUGUCAGAACUGAUACUUCUGAAGCUACUACCGACGCUUCUGGUAACAGUGGAAGUAAGAGUGGUUCUUCCAGUGCCAGUGGUACUGAUUCUUCUUCUUCAAGUACUUCUUCUGGUUCUAGUGGUAGUAAAUCUGCUGCCACUACUGUCUCCGUCACCACCAUGACUAAAAUUGCUACUGUUGCUCUUUCUGUCAUUGUUGGUUUCGGUUUGAUUACCAUGUAA